AUGGAUCUUGGAGAUACGAGUGUGCUCACCGACGAGCAGCUCAUGGAUGGGUAUGAUGACACCCCGUAUCAAGAUUUUUUCCCGGUGUUCAUCCCAGAGAGUGACGCUGCAAAUGUGGCUGGUGUUUUGGAUAGCAUUGAUGUUGGUGCUGAUUUUGACUUCGGUGCGGCCGCUCUUGGCCCUUUGCUCUUGGCGAGGGUCGGUGUCGCGGGGCCCGGAGCGCGGGCGUCUAAGCCCCUCGGGCGUGUUCGCCUGGACCUGUGUGGACCGCUUGGGCCUUCCCUGGGCGGCAACCUCUACCUUUUUGUCGCCGUGGACAGCGCCUCGCGGUGGAAGAAGGUCUACGGUCUCCGGCGGAAGUCCGAUGCGCUGGGGGCAACGAAAAGGCUGCUGGCGGACGUGGGGCGGUACGACCUCGGGCGCAUCGAGUGGUUCCGCGUCGACGACGGCACCGGGUGGACCCGCGGCGACUUCCGGCGCUUCUGCGAUGACAACGGCAUCGGCGUCGAGUUCACCCCGCCUGGCGUUCCGCAGUACAACGGCGUCGUCGAGAGUGCCAUCUGGCGCAUCAUGAAGGGGCCGUUCCGCGUGCUGCCGUUCUUCCAACCCGGCUUCAUGCGUGAGGAUCGCCGCACCAAGCUCGACGACCAGGCCACCCUCUGCUACUACCUGAACGGCGGCGACAACCACCCGAGCGGCACCGUCAAGACGCCAUCGACCGCCGCACCGACGCCGCCAGCGCCCACGCCGUCGCCCGUUCCCGCUCCCGCUGCCGCUUCGCCCCCUGCCGCAACGCCGCCGCCAGCGACCACGCCGCCGCCCGCUCCCACCCCUUCACAGCCGCCCUCUGCCACUUCGCCGUCACCGUCGGCGACCCCCGCUACUGGCCAGCCGUCCUCUGCCGCUUCGCCGUCACCGUCGGCGAUCCCCGAUCCAGACCAGCCGCCGUCGCCGCCGGAUCCCGCGAUGCCCCCGCUUACGGCUCACACCANAGACGCCUUCGACCGCCGCACCGACGCCGCCAGCGCCCACGCCGUCGCCCGUUCCCGCUCCCGCUGCCGCUUCGCCCCCUGCCGCAACGCCGCCGCCAGCGACCACGCCGCCGCCCGCUCCCACCCCUUCACAGCCGCCCUCUGCCACUUCGCCGUCACCGUCGGCGACCCCCGCUACUGGCCAGCCGUCCUCUGCCGCUUCGCCGUCACCGUCGGCGAUCCCCGAUCCAGACCAGCCGCCGUCGCCGCCGGAUCCCGCGAUGCCCCCGCUUACGGCUCACACCAUGCGGCAGCUUCGCCCGGGUACAAAGGCCGAGGCGGUGGACCCGGGGGCUGGAGGAGCGGGCUUUCCACUCGNCUGACCUUCCGCACUGCUAGGCCAGCGACCCUCAUGUUCCAAAGAGCUACAAGUGGCCAUGGCGUCGGAGCACCGGCACCUGUGGAGCGACUCUAUGCAAAGGAAGUUUUAUGGCUUGUUGGAAGCGGGGACCUUUACUCCGGCGAAGUAGCAAUUGGUGGAGAACAUGAGUUUGGAUGGCCCACUAAGGUUAAGUUGAGGCUUGUAGCGAGAGGUGAUAUGCAGAGAGAGUACAUUGACUUUGGAGAGUUGUACGCGCCUACCGUUUCUGUUUCAUGUGUUAGGAUGUUGGCUGCUUUGGCGUGCGAGUUGAACCUCGACUUGUGUCAUUUCGAUAUUGAGCAAGCUUUUGUGCGUUCGGAGUUGGAGGAAGACGUGUACAUGCGUUUGCCGCAGGGAUGUGGAGCUCUAUCUGGAAUGACUGAAAAACUAGGCGAGAGUCUGUAUGGCUUGAGACAGACAUCUAGGCAGUGGCAUGCAAUGCUGAUAGUUGACGUUUUUGCUGUGGGAGAGAGGGAGACAUGUGACAAGCUUAGCGCCGACCUUAACAAGUCCGUGCCAGUGAAGAACCUCGAAGAGUUGAGAUGGUAUUCUGGGUUCUUUUACGAGAGGAACAAGGAGACCGGUAAGUUGACGAUUUCUCAGCAGACUUUCACGGAUGAGCUAGCAGCAGAAAAUGGAGUAGUGGGAGGGGAAGUAGCUAGGUAUUGCGCAUCUCCGAAGCUGGUACACUGGAAUGCAGCGAUGGAUAUUUUGGGCUAUGCGAGAAGGACGGGUCACUUUGGUAUUUCGUUUCAGAGAGGUACGGUAGAGGGUUUCAGUUUGCAGGGGUACGCUGAUGCGGACUUUGCAAGCCAGGCAGCAGACCGUAGGUCGGUAUCAGGGGGGAUCGUGACGUGUGGAGGAGGCGCUGUGUCUUGGUUUUCCAGAACGCAAAAAUGCGUCACGCUUUCGACGACAGAAGCAGAGUACGUCGCGCUAGGCGACGUAGUGAAGGAGAUUUUGUUUUUGAGGCAGAUUUGGCGUUUCAUGUUGCCGCAGGUCGGCAUGCCGUGCAUCCCCGUCUUCGAGGACAACCAGGGGGCGAUUCAACUAGCGCAGNCGCGCUUGGUGACGUAG